AUGUUCAUCCUGUACUUCUCCUCCCUUAUGCCGAAGUCCUCUGCACGAGUGCUCAUCAAGGCCAUAUGGGCAUCCAAUGCUGUGAAGUUGUAG